AUGGGCGCCGCCGAAAACAAAUACUCGGUCAUCCUGCCGACCUACAACGAGCGCAAGAACCUCCCUAUCAUCGUCUGGCUCCUGGAGCGGACCUUUCGCGAGAACAACCUAAACUGGGAAAUCGUCAUCGUUGACGACGGCAGCCCCGACGGCACUCUGGACAUCGCGCGCCAACUCCAAAAGCACUACGGCAGCAACCACAUCCUGCUCCACCCCCGAGCGGGCAAACUCGGCCUGGGAACGGCGUACAUCCACGGCCUUCAAUUCACAACAGGCAACUACGUCAUCAUCAUGGACGCGGACUUCAGCCACCACCCGAAAUUCAUCCCGGAGAUGAUUCGUAUCCAGAAGCUAGGAGACGCAGAUAUCGUGACGGGCACACGGUACGCGAGUCGCGAUGGCAUUAAGGGUGGUGUGUACGGAUGGGAUCUGUUCAGGAAGUUUACCUCCCGCACGGCGAAUCUCAUUGCGGAUGUGAUGUUGAUGCCUGGGGUGAGUGAUCUUACGGGAAGCUUUCGCUUGUAUAAGAAGAGUGUGCUGGAGAAGGUUAUUCAUAGUACACAGAGUAAGGGGUAUAGUUUUCAGAUGGAGAUGAUGGUUCGGGCUAAGGCUAUGGGGUUCAGGGUUGCGGAGUGUCCGAUUACGUUUGUGGAUCGGUUGUAUGGGGAGAGUAAGUUGGGAGGUCAUGAGAUUGUGGAGUAUUUGAAGGGGGUGGUGAAUCUUUGGUUGAAGGUUUGA